UGAAAAUGUGGGCUUUCCCGUUCUUUUUUCUCCGCAGAUUCCUCCGCCAGAAACCAAACCCGCCGCGUCUUCGCUUCCGGGUCCGCCAUUUUGUCGCCUCCAUUUCUCCACGAGGGGGGGUUAAGGCCCCCCAAAUAUGUAUUUAGAUGCGAAGGCCAAAAAGUCACCGGCACUGACGGGGCAUCUUAACUAGGGAAGGGAACGGGACCAAACUGGCGGGCUCGGUGGACGCGCAGCCGGCGGCGCCCCGGACGAGGAGACCAAGUCCCUUGUGUUUGAGUUACGACUUCAGCUUCCUGCAAGUGUGUGUUCCUAUGCAUAAAGAUGUCUUUGGUAGACUUGGGGAAGAAGUUGCUAGAAGCAGCAAGAAAAGGCCAAGAUGAUGAAGUGAGAACUUUGAUGGCAAAUGGUGCCCCUUUCACCACAGACUGGCUUGGAACAUCUCCCCUCCACCUUGCUGCCCAAUAUGGUCAUUAUUCCACAGCUGAAGUGCUCCUUCGAGCAGGUGUUAGCAGAGAUGCCCGGACCAAAGUAGACAGGACCCCUUUGCACAUGGCUGCAGCUGACGGUCACGUACAUAUUGUGGAAUUGCUUGUCAGGAAUGGAGCAGAUGUGAAUGCCAAAGACAUGCUGAAGAUGACAGCUUUGCACUGGGCUACAGAGCAUCACCAUCGAGAUGUUGUAGAGCUGCUUAUCAGAUACGGAGCUGAUGUCCAUGCUUUCAGCAAGUUUGAUAAAUCUGCCUUUGAUAUAGCCCUGGAGAAAAACAAUGCUGACAUCCUGGUCAUCCUUCAGGAAGCAAUGCAGAAUCAAGUGAAUACUAAUCUGGAGAGAGCCAAUCCUGUAACUGUGGCUGCCCCAUUCAUCUUCACGUCAGGAGAAGUUGUCAACCUGGCCAGCCUUGUUUCUUCAGCCACCACCAAAACAACCUCAGGUAACCCCCAGGCCUCCCUAGCAGCACACUUCUCAAAUCCCACCACCUCUGUGCUGUCCACCCUUGCAGCUCUUGCUGAGGCUUCAGCCCCCAUCUGCAAUUCUCCCAGCGUCACAGUGAAUUCAGAGGAAAUCAUAGAGGGAAAUGCUGUUGAGUCAUCCAUCCAGGAAAUGGUGGGGAGCGGAGGCCAGAGGGUCAUUACCAUCGUCACCAAUGGAGUCCCUCUGGGCAAUAUCCAAGCUGCAGUCCCCACUGGAGGCAUCGACCAGCCAUUCAUUGUGACUAUGCAGGAUGGACAGCAAGUUCUAACUGUACCUGCUGGUCAAGUUGCAGAGGAUACUAUAAUUGAAGAAGAAGAAGAUGACUUACAGAAGUUGCCAUUGUCUAAGAAGCCAAAGGUAGAAGAGAUGACUAAUGAUGUGGAGGAGAGCAAGGAAGGCACUGAAAGAGAGCUACUACAGCAGCAACUUCAGGAGGCCAAUCGCAGGGCCCAGGAAUACCGGCACCAGCUCCUGAAGAAAGAGCAGGAGGCGGAGCAGUACCGCCUCAAACUGGAGGCCAUGGCUCAGCAACAGCCCAAUGGAAUCGACUUCACUGUGGUCGAAGAAGUGGCUGAAGUAGAUGCUGUGGUAGUCACAGAGGGGGAGAUGGAGAGGAGAGAGAAGGAAGUGACUGGUGCAGGAGGGACCAUGGAGGUUCAUGCUGGAGUUUCCAUGGAAAUAGUUUCAUCUUAAAGUGCAAGGGCCAUAACAUAUAGCCAUGGCCGGUGCGCCGCUAUGUUCCAUCGCUGGGGAGCCAGAGACGACCCGAACUGCCCCUGCGGCUACAGACAGACUAUGACCCACAUAGUCAACGACUGCCACCUCUCCAGAUUCAAAGGAGGUCUCGAAACUUUACAUCAGGCUCAACCUGACGCUGUUGACUGGCUAUGGAAGAAGGGCAAACGCUAGAAGAAGAAGAACAGUGUACAAGGAUCUGGGUUCAAGCCCCUGGUCCCCACCUGCAGGAGGAAAGCUUCACAAGUGGUGAAUCAGUGCCGCAGGUAUCUCUCUCUCCCUCUGCCUCCCCUCCCCACUCAAUUUUUUCUCUGUCCUGUUAAAUUGAAGAAAAAAAAAAUGACCAUUGGGAGUGGUGGAUUUGUCAUGCAUGCUCCGAGCCUCAGUAAUAACCCUGGUGGCAAUAAUAAAAAUAAAUUAAAAAAAAAAGAUUUCAGACACCAAGUGCAGGUGCUACCAUAACGCCAACCUAACUUGCCCAGGCAGAGUACCCCUCACCAAUGUACCCUGGAACGAACUCUCUCCAGAGCCCUGCCCCACUAGGGAAAGAUAGAAACAGCCUGAGAGGGGUGGGGAAAAAAAAAAAAAGAAAGAAACAGCCUGAGAGUAUAAAUCAGCCUGUCAAUGCCUACAUUCAGCAGAGAAGCAAUUACAGAAGCCAGACCUUCUACCUUCUGCACCCCAUAAUGAUCCUGGGUCCUUAGUCCCAUAGAGAUAAAGAAUAGGAAAGCUUCCAGUGGAGGGGAUGGGAUAUGGAAGUCUGGUGGUGGGAAAUGUGUGGAAUUUUACCCCUCUUAUCCUAUGGUCUUGUUGAUAUUUUUUAUUUUAUAAAUAAAUUUAAAAGCAAGCAAGCAAACUUUAGGGUAGAGAAAGAAAUAUAUUCUAGGGUGAGGGGUAGAUAGCCUGAGGCACCAAAGUCCCGGGGUCUGUUCCCCUUAUCACCAAAGAUCAGAGCUGAGCAGUGCUCUGGUUAAAAAAACAAAGAAAGAAAUAUAUUCCACAUCUAGAGUAGGAGGCAUGCCCCACCACCCACCAACUUUUUCAGGAAAAGUAGGUGUGUGAUUGCCUGUCUAAAUUUACAUCUGUUGUAUAUCCUUAGCUCAGAUGCCAGUUUAAGUAACUGAAAUUGAAUUUUUAAAAACUGGAAGUGAAAAAAAAAAAGUGUUCAUGUGGGAGACAUGAAAAUAAGUCCAAAAUCCUCUAGGCUUCUGCAUAUUGGAAAGUGGCCAGAGACAGGAUUGUAGGGUUACGAAACAGUCUGUUCUCAAGAUACAAACGUUGCUUUGGCUGGAACUUACAAAGGCAUAAUCAGAAAGGUCUCUUGUGAGCACAACUUGCUUCUACGCACUUAUUUAUGUAAUAUAAAACUUUAAUAUCAGUUAUUUAAUCUUAGAAUAUUUUGCUGAGUUUUGCUAAGUGUGCUUUUUUUUUAUGACAGAGCUUACAUGGAGCAGCUUUAUAUGCAAGAAGAAGCGGGGCAGGGGAAUGAGUGCUGAGAAAGUUGUGUCGUUUUGUUUCUGCUUGAUCUGGGAUGAGUAGAUCUGUUUCCAUCGGGUUGGGCCAUGUGCAGAGCUUUGUUCCUUAUAGUUGCUCAGUGAGUGUUGGCAAAGAAAGUAAUAGUGCCAUAAAGUAUAAGGACCCAAAGAUUCUGGCCAGAAACUCUGACGACCUUAUUCUUUUUCUACUAUGCUUGCUUCCUUUGCUCAGACACAUUUUUUGGAAAAUGCUUCAUGGCUUGGUUUUUCUAGUUUCACACCUUGAUUUUUUUUUUUUUUAACCAGCCAGCCCUUGCUUAUGUUGGGGGAGGGGGGCGGAGGCCGGAUGUUGAACUUUCAACUUAAUAGCCUCAGGCAAGACAGGCUCUUUGCACAACCAUUAUGCUAUCUAUUCUCACCCUCUCCCCCCCUUUUUUAAAAAUUUUUUUAUACUGUUUAUUUUCCCUUUUGUUGCCCUUGUUUUUUUAUUGUUGUUAUUGUUGUUGUUAUUGAUGUCGUCAUUGUUAGGACAGAGAGAAAUGGAGAGAGGAGAGGAAGACAGAGAGGGAAAGAGAGAUAGACACCUGCAGACCUGCUUCACCACCUGUGAAGCGACUCCCCUGCAGGUGGGGAGCCAGGGAUCUUUCAGCUUCCUUGCGCUUUGCACCAGGUGCGUGCGCUUAACUCACUGCGUGCUUAACUCACUGCGCUACCACCUGACUCCCUCUUUUUUCCCCCCCUAUAUAAAGGGAAUGUAUCAAAUGAGAAGUUGUGGAGAGGUUAUUGUCUUUGAAAUUGGACCCUCACCACUCUAGAUAUGCUUUCUUGUUUUGUGUAUGCUAGAAGAAACCAGAGGGAAAUGUGCCAAGUACACAUUUGAAUGACUGUUUAGAAUACAGUUUUCUUAAUUAGUGAUCAUGGGGAAAGCAUGCAUGUUUAAUUUGGAGUACAACUUGACAGCUAACAUGGUUCUGUUUACCUCGGUCAGUGAAGCAGUUUGCUGCACUUUUCCAGAAAUGCAAAAUCAUUCAGGGGUGCAAAAUAUACUGAAAAUAUAACUCCCCAAACUAAAUCCAACAAACAGAACUGGCUGCUAGAGGAUGGGGUGGGGGUGUGGAAUCAGUUGUGAAAAUAAUCUUGACUACUGGCACUUAGCUAGGUUUUGUCUGUGGAGUACUGACGCUCGAAGUGAUCAGAAAGUGAUUCUCCUGUGCAGGUGAUGGAGAAAUGCAGUGGAGGGGCCUGGGUGAGGUGAGGUUACCAGUGGUAUCUGCUCCCCUUACCAUGUUAUUCCUUUUUCUAAAUCCCUUUGUGAGCCAGGUUCUAACAAUAAGCUGCUGUUAUAUGCCAUUUUAGAGUCUUAGCUUAACUUACCUAGGGAUGGAGUAUCAUUUCAGAUAUUUUGUUUCUCUUUGUGGUUGCAUAUACUGACUUUAAUGCCUUUCAGUUAAGGGGGAGGAUAUUAACUGUGUGAUCCAGGCCCUGUCUUAUCUCUCCUAUGUGACAAUUGUGAACUGGGAGUUUCCAUCCACCAUUCCCUUCUGAGCAUAAAAAAAAAAAUCCCUGUUGUCUUGAGGUUCUUAGUAUUCUCUUUAUAUUGAAAACUAUUGCUCCUAUCCAGAAAAAAAUUUAAUACAGCCCAGGUUAUUUUGGGGGUGUCUUUGAGAUAGGACGUUAAAGGAGAAGUUGAGGAAGGAAGAGAAAGAGGAAAUGUCUGAAAAGAAGUUAGUAGCAAAUAUAUAUAUAUAUAUAUAUAUUUUUUUUUUUUUUUAACUCGGGAUAGACCUUCUAUUACUCUAGAGAACAGAAAUCAGAUUUGAUUUCCAGUUAUGUUGCUAUGGAGAGAAUGCUAGGUCACGGUCCCUUGAUGUAGCUGGUAGUUAAAUGUUCAGUGUGGUAAUGGCAGGACCAUUGUGUAACUUUGCUUAUCUUUCUGGGAUCAGUCAUAGAAGUUGAGAAACUGCUCCUAGAUCAUCUAAGUUAAGGGACUUCAACAGGUUUACUGACUGGAUGAGAGAAUUAAAGGGGAAAAAAAUCAGAAUUGGUACUUGAGCAGGUGAAACUUGGAGCCUGGAGGACUGCUUACUUUAAAAUAAAGCUGCCUUAACAAUAUCAGUACAGGGUUUUUAAACUCAACACUUAGAUAUUGGUUUUAAAUCUCUCCUACCCCUCCAAAAGGAAAUAGAAAGGAGUCUCAAUGUUUCUGUUCUAGUUCUUGGCUUCAGGGAAAUUUAAAAUGUUAAAUGGGCCACAAAAGUGGCUUCAGCAGUGAAGCACCUGCCUUGCACAUGAGAGCAGCAAAGACAACUCCAUAGACAGGGGAGCAGCACUUUGCUUGCUUCCUCAUUCUCUCUUAGCUGUCACUGGGUAGGUUGGAGAGGUGACUCAAAGGUAAAGCGCAUGCCUCCUGAGAAUCUGGGUUUGAUCUUCAGCAUUGUGUUAAAAAUACAUGAAAAAAUAAUACGUAUAUAUUAAAAGGCCCAGUAGGUAGCAUAAUGGUUAUACAAAAAGACUUUCAUGCCUAAGGCUCCCAGGUUCAAUCACAUCCACCACUCUAAACCAGAGUUGAGCAGUGCUCUGAGGAAAGAAAAUUCAUAUAUAUAUAUAUACACACAUUCCUUUCCUAUCACUACCUCACUUGGCUUUAGGCUUUCACUGAGUUUUGAACUUAGUGUCCAGUGCCUUAAAAGAUGUUCUUUUUAGGGGCCAGGCAGUGGCACACCUGAUUAAACACAUACAUUACAAUGUGCAGGGACCUUGGUUCAAGCCGCUGGUCCCUACCUGCAGGGGAAAAGCUUUACAAGUUGUGAAGCAGGGCUGCAGGUGUCUGUCUCUUUCCCUCUCUAUCUCCCCUCCCCCCUCUCAAUUUUUCUCUGUCUCUAUCCAAUAAUAAAUAAAUAAAUAGUAUUUUUAAAAAAGAUAUUCUUUUUAUUGUUAGAUCUAUAUUGAUUUAUUUUUAAGCUUUGCUUUUCUCCCCUCCUUCAGCCUUACCAUGACAUUCUUAGCAUGCUUUUGUCUGGUAAUGUCAGAGGUCUGCAGCACUACAGCCCAGGAAGUGCUGCAGCAAGAGAGCACAGGAUUUGCAAGUGCUUAGUCCCGAGUUCAGUCCCUGGCCCUGCAUAUGGUGGGUAGAGUGCUGCUUUAAUUCUUUCUCUUAUUGAAUAGAUGCUUUUUUCCCCCCAUCUGUGACUUUAUAUUUAUGUUAAAGAAUUUAAUUUACCAGAUGCUUUCUAGUCCUCUAGUUAGAGUAUUUUAAUACCUCUCUGCUGAGUGUAUAUUAAUGCAUAUAUUUAUAAGUACAUAUGAAUUUUCCCAUAUUCUCUUUUUAUUUGAGGUUCAACUCUCACGUACCUGGUAUAACCUGGAAAUACUUUUAUUUCAUUAAACACAUCAGAGAAGCUUCUGUAAAUUCACUCUUAGGAUCUGAAAAGCAGAAAGCAUGACUUCAGUCUUCCGUGAGAAGUGUGCUCUCUAACAGUCUCUAGCAGACUGUGAUGAGAAACCUGAGGGACAGCCUUCGGGAGUGCCAGUCCUGGCUCCAAAAGAGGGUUCCCAGAGCAGAAGUUGGUUUCUAGGGUAGAGAUGGAGCUGUCAUUUCACAGGGCAAUUCAGCUGUGUUGACGGGCACUUAUAAAAUCUCUUACACCUUGAAACAGGAAAGGAACCCUAGGUAGAGAGCUCUGGCAGAAGGAGCCCACAUUCUGAACAUCUACUUUCCAAGCUGGGAAAACUUAGCCUUUUCAGAAGUAGCAGUGUUGAGAAAGUUUGAGCAUCUGCAUGGCAUCCUCUAGAUCAGUGUCAUUCUCCCCAGAGUUAGAAGAUUUGAGACAUUUAGUGAACUCUCCCCACAAAUUUCAUCGCUGUAUGACCAGAAAAUGAGCCUUAAAAGGAACUGUAAGUCAAGGACAUCUGUGUGCUGCUCUCAGCUCAUCUCUACCUCCAUUUUAUAUGGUGAAUAUUUCUCUUUGGAAUUAAUAUUCUCUUUCCUAUGCCACUGCCCAGGAGAUUUAGGAAGAGACCAGGAGUAAAAGAGAUUUCAACUCAAAUUAAGUAUUUUAUAGCUCUGGUCUCUAUGUCUCUCCCUCUUUCCCUCUCCCCCCUCCCCCCCCCCAGGAUUAGGGUGUGGUGGCAUUCCUACACUGUACAGUAACAGUUUCUCUUGUUAAUAGCAGGAAAUUAUGAUUCCUUAUCUCUCUCUCCCUCCCCCUUUCUCCUCUGAGUGCUUCUGCCUCUGUAACCCCAUUGUUCUUAUCUCACUGAAGCGCUAGAAUUUAAUUAGUAGGGCAUUUUUAAUCUGUGGGCGUGCCCUUCCCCUCCUCUUGAUUCCCUAUUACAUAUUCUGUUUAUUCGGAAGUGGUUUGUUUCAGAGAAUUAAUCUAGGUCACACCCCAUAUCCUGUAAUUCCUUGCUGGUUGCAGGCAUCUCAUUCUGUCAGCAGUAAUGACAGCAGCUCCUGUCUCUGGCUUCGCCCUGUCCUCCUGCUAAGGCCAUUUGUGUUGGGGAAGGAGAGAAGGUGGGUGGGGUGCCUAGAUUGUCCUCAAAACAUCCUCAGCUAUUCAGGUUGUCCAACAGCUUUAUGUACAGUAUGUAUUAGGAAGACUUAAAUAUAUUCCUCUUUUUUAAUUUAGGAUUCUAAUAAAAUAGAACUUGAUUCUGAUGAGCAAGUGUGUGUGUGGGUUGGAAGUAUGUGUGUGUGUAUGUGUGUGUGUGUAAUGGGUAAGCAUUUGUGUGUUUAUUCAUUUAUGUUACAGAUCUACAUUAUAUAUGCAGUUUUUGUAUUAUCAUUUAAAAUAAAGAUUUCUUAAUAAAAUGUCAAAGUAUUA